AACCACCACUCAAGAGUCAAAUGUAAGAUAAUUGUAUUUGUUACAUGUAUUUACGUUAAGGGUUAACUACAAUUAUCUGGAUUGUUAUGUGUUGUUCAUUAUAUAAAUUGCAAAUUGAUGCACUAACUUAAAAAAUUUCUCCCUUAAGGAUAAUGUGGUGUUAUAUUGGUUAUUUUGGUUAACCAAUUAACCAAACCGAAUAAAUUUUAGUUUGGUUAAUUUGGUUGUUGUAUUAGUUUGGACGGUUUGGUUAUGAUAUUAUAUUCCAUGGUUAAUAGAUUUUAGACUUAUUUUGUUUGGUUAUUACCAUGGUAACCAUUUGAACACCACUACUCGUUGACCUGGAAAUCAGCUCCAUCGCAAGUCGCAACCGAUGCCUCUUUGUUUUGAAGAGAGAACAUGCAUGUCAGCGUGAGUUGAAGGUAUGCAUGUUUAAUUUGCAUGCAUGGGCGAUGGUCUUAGUCUCUUUGAGUUAAUUAGUCAACUCAGCAGCAUGCUGCUCAUCUUGGUUCUUUUCUUUUUGGGCUCUUGGCCCGUCUCUAAGUCCCGUCUCCGAACCCAAUAGCCACAGCUUGGAUAGCCCAAUCUUUAAAAUUCAAAGCUUGGGCCCAUUACGGCCUAGCACACUGCAGUAUUCCCGCGCUUCUCCAACCCUAUAUAGCUCUGUCCGACUCUCACCUCCAGCGGCGCGUCUUCUUUCAAUCCGGCAGUGAACAUGACAAUUUCGGAUUGGGAUCUGCAGCUGAGCUCACUCCUUCCCCCGAUUCCCUCCAGAAAACGGCGCCGGAUCCGUCCACGGGGAAACCCUCCUCCACCUCCCCUGAAUCCGUUCCGCAAACUGGUAGACGACCUCGUCGUCGAGAUUCUGAUCCGCCUCCCAAACCCUAGACCCUCCAGCCGCUGCAAAGCCGUCUGCAAGCGGUGGAGAUCCCUCAUCGCCGAACCCACCUUCAAUCGCCGUUUCGUUUCUCAUCACCAGAGUAGGUACCGACCAGCAUCUCUGUUCCUUCUUCCCGCACACGACCACCAGUCCAUCCUCAGCUUUCUCCCGGUGCCUGAUGGAGCUCGACCGGAUUUGACGGUCUUCGACUGCUUCAAGGACUUGCUUUUGUGCGGGUUUAUGAAUUUAAGGGGUGAAUUGCGCAGAUCCUACUUCGUCUGCAAUCCGUUUACGAAGCAAUGGGUCGCCCUUCCUCUGUCGGCUCAAACAAUACUAGCGUAUUAUCAGUGGCGGACCUAAGGCAUGCCAGGGUGUGUCGUCCGACACACCCUCGCUCGAGAAUUUUACGAAGGACCUACAUAUUUUUUGUACAAAUUUUUUUACUUCGGGAUAGCCGACACACCCUCAAUAAUUAUAGCCGACACACCUUUAUUAUACUCGAAGAAAUAAUUAUCCAAAUGAAUCAAUCGUAAUCAUAAUCCUUUUUAAUUUUGUUUAAAAUAACUCAUAAAGCAUAAUCCUAUCC